AUGAAUGAGCACGGUGCUUUGUUCAACAUCGCAAAGAGCAAUGUCACAGACCAAAUCAAGCAGCUUGUGAACGACUUCCCUUUGAAGAAUCCCGAUAGUGUCCCAGUUGGUGGACUCGUGGACACUUCGUCCGAUGACGACACUGACGAGGCCGUUCUUUAUGCCAGAUCUACUGCGGUGUACACCGCAGUAUACAAGUCAAUCUUACAGGCCCUGAUUGACAUGUUUGAUGAUGGUGAUCUAAGCAGCUGGCCCACAUCAUUAACCAACGGCAGCUAUGUCCAUGAACUUACUAAUUUUUUCGACGGUCGAUUCAUGUACCAGCUGCAGGGCUUAGAUGAGACAUAA